AUAGGCGCAGUUUUGAACUUGAAUGAUUUGUGCCUAACAUAUAAAGGGAUUUUAAAUGUCUGAAAGUGUAAAACGCGGUUUAUUCAUAGUUUUUGAAGGCGCCGAGAAAUGCGGCAAGAAGACACAAUCAGAACUGUUACAAGAAGCAUUAACUCAAAUCACAGGGAAAUCAGCGCUACUCAUUCAUUUCCCUGACACGACUACACCAAUUAGAAAAAUACUGGCUGAAUAUAAUGAUGGAAAACUUCAAUUGGAACCGCAUGUUGCUCAUUUACUUUACACAGCUAACAGUGACUGUAUGUUACGAGAUUAUUUAACUCUCUUGGCAAUAAGAUUACAACAAGUGCCAUACAUAUGUGAGGGUUAG